CUGGGUUUCCACCCCCACGUGAGGAGGAAGUUGAGUGCGCCGAGAAAACGGAGCAAUCGAGCGGCUGAACCAGGCGGAAUCAGGCGAUCCAGGGCCACCACUCAGCUCGACUCGUCUGGACUACCCGGGCUAACUUUAGCUACAUGUGCUGAGGUCGAGGGGGAAACGGAUCCCAACCGCAACGAUGCCGACAGUUACUCUGCCGCCGAAAGAGAACGCUCUCUUCAAGAGGAUUCUGCGAUGUUACGAACACAAACAGUACCGAAACGGGCUCAAGUUCUGCAAACAAAUCCUGUCCAACCCCAAGUUCGCAGAGCAUGGAGAGACCCUGGCAAUGAAGGGCUUGACCCUUAACUGUCUGGGGAAGAAGGAGGAGGCCUACGACCUGGUGAGAAGAGGCCUGCGCAAUGACCUCCGGAGCCACGUCUGCUGGCACGUUUAUGGCCUACUGCAGCGCUCGGAUAAGAAGUACGAUGAGGCCAUCAAGUGUUACCGCAACGCUCUGAAGUGGGACAAGGACAACCUGCAGAUCCUGCGAGACCUGUCUCUGCUUCAGAUCCAGAUGCGAGACCUGGAGGGCUACAGGGAGACACGGUACCAGCUGUUGCAGCUGCGUCCAGCCCAGCGGGCUUCCUGGAUUGGCUAUGCCAUCGCCUAUCACCUCCUGGAAGACUACGAGAUGGCUGCAAAGAUUAUUGAGGAGUUCAGGAAAACACAACAGACGUCUCCAGACAAAGUGGACUACGAGUACAGCGAGCUGCUGCUGUACCAGAACCAGGUGCUGAGGGAAGCUGGUCUGUACAAGGAGGCACUCGAGCAUCUGUCCAACUAUGAGAAGCAGAUCUGCGACAAACUGGCAGUGGAGGAGACACGAGGUGAGGUACUGUUGAAGUUGGGGCGUCUGGAAGAAGCAACAGAAGUUUACCGUCGACUGCAGGAGAGGAACCCAGAAAACUGGGCCUAUUACAGAGGCCUGGAGAAUGCUUUGAAACCAGGCAGCGUAGAGGAACGACAAAAGAUCUAUGAGGAUGCCUGGGAGAAGUUUCCGAAAGGACUGGUUCCUCGCCGGCUGCCCCUAAACUUUCUUGCUGGAGAGAAGUUCAGAGAGUGUCUGGACAGGUAUCUGAGGAUGAACUUCAGCAAAGGCUGUCCGCCCGUCUUCACCACACUCAAAUCACUGUAUAAAGACAAAGAAAAGGUGUCAAUAAUAGAGGAGUUGGUUGUCAGCUUUGAAACCACAUUAAAAAGCUGUAGAAUGUUCAGUGUGAACGAUGAUGGAAAGGAGGAGCCACCAACCACUUUGCUCUGGGUGCAGUACUUCCUUGCACAGCACUAUGACAUGAUUGGUCAGCAGACACUGUCUUUAGAAUACAUCAACGCAGCCAUCGAGAGCACGCCGACGCUCAUCGAACUCUUCCUUAUCAAAGCCAAGAUUUACAAGCAUGCUGGCAACAUUAGAGAGGCCGCUCAGUGGAUGGAUGAGGCCCAGGCUCUGGACACCGCUGACAGAUUCAUCAACUCCAAGUGUGCCAAGUACAUGCUGAAAGCUGGCAUGAUCAAAGAGGCUGAGGAAAUGUGUUCCAAGUUCACACGGGAGGGAGCAUCAGCGGUGGAGAAUCUGAAUGAGAUGCAGUGUAUGUGGUUCCAGACGGAGUGUGCACUCGCCUACAAGGGUAUGAACAAGUUUGGGGAGGCUCUCAAGAAGUGCCACGAGAUCGAAAGGCAUUUUGUGGAGAUCACAGACGACCAGUUUGAUUUCCACACCUACUGCAUGAGGAAGAUGACGCUCCGCUCCUACGUGGACUUGCUGAAGCUAGAGGACGUGCUCCGGAUGCAUCCCUUCUACUACAAGGCAGCCAUCUCUGCCAUCCAGAUCUACCUGAGCCUCCACGACAACCCCCUGACUGACGACAGCAAGGAGCUGCAGGCCGAAUCUGCGAACCUUUCAGACAAAGAGCUGAAGAAGCUCAGGAACAAGCAGCGGCGAGCCCAGAAGAAGGCCCAGCUGGAGGAGGAGAAGAAGAAUGCAGAGAAGGAGAAGCUGCUAAAGAACCAGAAGAAGAAGAAGGAGGAUGAUGACGAGGAGAUCGGAGGGCCCAAAGAGGAGCUUGUUCCUGACAAACUGGUCAAGGUAGAAAACCCACUGGAAGAAGCAGUUAAGUUCCUGAUGCCUCUCAAACACCUGGUGAAAGACAAAAUUGACACGCACCUACUGGCCUUUGAGAUCUACUUCAGGAAAGAAAAAUACCUGUUGAUGCUCCAGUCUGUGAAAAGAGCGUUGGCAAUUGACCCUGAUCACCCAUGGCUACACCAGUGUUUAGUACGCUUCUUUAAAGGAGUCUCGGAGAGUAAGGAGCUGCCAGAGGGGGUCAGGACGGUGCUGAAGCAGGAGAUCACCCGGCUGUUUGGAGACAGCAACGCUAAGAGCUUCAACCAGGCCUACCUCACCAAGCACUCCAACUCCAUACCCCACCGACUGGCUGCUGCUAAGAUGAUGGUGUAUCUGGACUCUGCGACAGAAAUGAAGGCAGCAGAGUUGGCCACUGCACUAGAUGAGUCACUCAACAACAGAACCAUACAGAUCUGUACAGAAGCGCUGGAGUGUCUUCGGAGUGGCAUCCUAGGCGACUGUAGAGAGCGUGUGGAAGAGUACCGUGCCGAGUGUCACAAGCUUUACCCCUACACGUUAGCUUUCAUGCCCCCUGGAUACGAGGAGAACACCAAGAUCACCAACGGAGAUGUUUCCACGGAAACAGAGGAGAUAGCCAACGAGAUGUGAGCCCAACAGAACAACAGCGGUUGAGAAAAGGAAUUGGGCCGAGCACAGAGCCUUGUGGUCGACUGGCAGCCAUUUUGUAAAGCCAAACAUGGGAAGCUGAAAAUGGGUGUUCCUCUUUGGCUCAUCUUAAUUGGCUCUGACCUGGCAUGGCUAGGCUCUCUCCCACAUGGUGAAAAUCAGGACUGUGUGAGUGUAUGUGUGUGUUUGUUGAGAGCGUGUGUGUGUGUGUGUGUGUGGAAGUUUGUGUGGUUGUGUCAUUUUGUGGGAAAGGGGGUGGGGAGAGGGAGAAAACAGAAUGGUCAUUUUUCUUUUUUAAUUGAGCUGACAACAAUGCUGAAUAUAAAAACAAAUAAUAAUUAAUGGCAAACUGUUGGACAAACUGUGACACAGACUGUCGGUUUCCUAAGUAACGGUGAUGGCAACCACUCGAGUUUGACUCAGCGCUGCUUCAACACACUUCCAUCACAUACCGUGUUCCCCUUAUUUUAAAAGAAAAGCUCAUUUAAAUGAAAAUAGGGCACAACUGUCACUGGGGGACGAGGGACUGAGGCAAGUGGAUCUGAUCCCUGACAGAUGUGCAGAAGGACUUACUGAGGACCUGACGUAGACACAGAGGACAUCAAAUGGCCACAGGUGUAUCUGUAUCUGCUGUGACGCUCCAGUAAACUACAGACCUACAAGUGGCAGAGCAGCGGAGUGUGUAAGGAAGGCUGCAGCAUGGAGAGAGAGAGUCCUCACAUGAACAGUUUUCUGGUCAGACUGUGCUUCCUUCAAUGUUCCUGCUUCAACACAGGAUUAUCUAAUCCUUUGUCUGUUUAUUACGGAGCAACUUGUAGCACAAAAUGAGAAACUUUAAAGGUCGUGGGUUGUGCUCCAUUUCAAAUACACUGCUACUCUUUAUCUUUGUACGUAGUUCUGAGAGAGUGGGAUAGAUCUAAGCAAUACCGUAGACACCUCCCUAUCAUUAAUGGAUCAAUGAAGCUCAUCAUGGGUGAUGUUUUUCAACAUCUGGUUGAUUUGGUUCCACUGGGCCUACUGGCAGUCACUUGAGUUGCUGCUGUCGUCACUAGUAGAAAUGGUUUAAUCUGCAUGAACAGACUGACAAAAUCGACGUGGAAACUAGCCUCCAGUGCGUCUUACUUCAGAGGGCUCCAAAGGUCAGGGUUCAGCAUCAAAGCCUGCUAACCGACAGUGACACAAGUGAACAUGUUACAAGGCGAGAAAAAGAAAAGCGCCUGAGCAUCUGGAAUUUAUUUUACUACUUCUGUUCUCUCUUUUUUCCCCCCUCCAAAAAUCUCAUUUUUUCCCCUUUUUCCUCUAAUUUGGGAUCUAAUGUGAAAGAGGAAAUCUGAGAUGGUGAUGUAUGAUAUCUCUGGAAUUUUGUAUUAAAACCAAACAAAAGAAACCGUUGUGUAGCCUCUGUUACCCUCACUGAGCUGCAGUGUUCCUGGGUCAGUGACAGAGACUUGUCCUGGCUCAGUUCAGACUCGCAGCAUUUCGAUUGAGGCUCAUCACACAGUUGGUCCUCAGAUGUAGCCACUGUAUAUAAAAUGCAGUUUAAUAAUUCAAAUGUUUUGUAUUAAUAACCAACUCAAAGACGGAGCAGAACUCAACCUGAGCUGAUUUAUUAUUUUUCUCCAAGUUUCUAAUAUAUAAAAAAAACUACAGGUGACUCGUUAGUUAUCAUGGUGUAAAUUAUUUUGAUAUUUUUGUUCUCUUCAGUCAUUUUUUUUGUUUACAACAUAUUCUAGGAUAAAGACAAAGAUCACUUGUGUGACCGAACAGAUUUAGCAUUUUACUGCUCUCGUAUCUUCCACAAACAGACUCUUCGUAGAAAAAAUUAUAUUUUUAAAAACUAAUUUUCUGUCAUUGCAAAGUACAUGCAUGACCUGGAAAAACCCGCUCCUUCAAUAUUUCACUCACAUGUCAGAAUGACGUUUACUGGCCUGUUUAACCUGAUCUUUAAUAAUUCUCAUAGUCUGAGUCUGAGGAUAAAGGUAAAGGCUCUUUUUUUAUUUUUAUUUUAAACCAGAAUUGUACUAACCAGCUUCGAUCUGCUGUCAUCUGUUCAGACUGGGUUUCCUGCUCUCAUGUUUUGUGUCUACACUGGCGAACAUCCCAAAAUGUCAUAACAAUAAAAAUCCACUUGUGGAUCAUUGUUUCAA